CAGGUUUGCGAAAGGAUGUCGAUAUCUGAAUUUUCCGAAGUUGCAUUUGAAAGAGAGUAUGAUGAACAACUGUUGAAGAGGUUAACAAGCAUUGAAGAGAAAGCGAGCAAAGGCAACAAAGUACAGAAACUGCAUCAUGCAGCUUUGUCUGGAAACGAGGCUGAAGUGCAAAAAUUACUUGGAAAAGGAGUUGAAAUAAAUACUCCAGAUUCAUUUGGCAAGACGCCGUUGCAUAAUGCCAUUAUUGGUAAACAUUUCAACAUCGUUGACUUGCUGCUGAAAUCAGGAGCUGAUGUCAAGUGUCUUGAUGAGCGAGGAGACACGCCUCUCCAUGCUGCCGUCAGAGUUGAUAGCGAGGCAAUUGUUGUGCUAUUGUUGAACGACAGUAAAAGCAUUGCUAAUGCGAAAGGAUUCGGGUCCUACACGCCUCUUCACAUUGCUGCUCAAAUGGAUUGCGUCGACAUUUGCAAGCGAUUGGUGGAGCAUGAAGGCGACAUCGCUCAGGCAGCUGAAGACAACAUGACUCCCUUUGGUUUAGCAAUCGCUAAGGGAGCGCAGUCUGUGUCUGAAUACUUUGCUGGAAUCGUGAAAGAAAAAGACCUGAAUUUAGAGGGUCUCCUCUACAUCGUUGACGAUGAAGGUAGCACCUUGCUCCAUCUUGCGGUGGACAGCGGGAUUCUCCCGAUUGUAGGACUGUGUUUAAAGCUUGGAUCAAAUGUGCGGCAAACAAAGGGAUCAGAUAACAGUACUGCUUUACAUCUGGCAUGCUCACAAGGCUCUCUGGAGAUCGUUCAACUUCUGACCAGUGAGGUCCGAGAUAUCUGCAAAGAAGUGAUCAUCGAUGAACAAGGCAUGUUUCCCAUUCACCGUGCAGCAGUGAACAAUCACUCCCUGGUGGUAAACUUUUUAUUAGAUCAGGGUGCCCAAGCUGACCCCCGCGACAUUGAAGGCCGAACUCCUCUUUUCUUGGCCGCCUCAGUGGGUGGAACAGAGACUGUUCAGCUCCUGAUGGAUCGGGGAGCAGAUUUAACACUCAAAGAUAUGGAGUUACACUCGGCUCUACAUGUAGCUAUUGGGAACACAAAUACCAUGGAAGCCUUAAUGAAGAGUCCUGCAUCCAAGUCAUUAGUGGUUGACAAAGAUGCAACUGGAUAUACUCCGGUACAUUAUGCAGCACGAGCUGGAUAUCUUCAGCACAUCACACUCUUUACUAGCAAGAACAAAGCUGCUGCACAAGUCACAUCAGAUUCACUGGAUACGCCUCUUCAUAUCGUUUCUCGGUAUGGCUGGUUGGAGAUUGCUCAAAUGCUACUUAAAAAAAGAAAUGUGAGAAUCAUAAAUGUACAAAAUAGCCAAGGAAAAACACCCCUGCAUUUUGCCUGUCAUGAGGGCCAUGAACAAAUAGUUAAACUUCUCUUGUUGAAAGGUGCAACCAUUGAAAGGGAUCAUCAUGACCGCACACCACUUCACCUGGCAGCUGCAAGAGGCUCAGAGGGUUGCGUCGAGUACAUACUGAAUACGCAUCCAGAAAGUUUAAACGCUCUUGACAAACAUCAGAACACGGCUCUCAAUCUGGCAGCGACUGCUGGCCAUGCGUCCCUAGUAACUUACCUGCUCACUGUUAAAGAACAAGAGAUCUUGUUGAACUCGCAAAAUCAAAACGUUCUUGAUCUUGCCAUCUCCAACCACAAAGCAGCGGUUGCUAUGGCAAUAAUUGAACAUUCAAGAUGGAAGGAGGUAAUGGAUUCAGCUGUGGGUGGAGGGGUGUCUCAGAUUCAAACAUUGGUAGAAAUGAUGCCGGAAGUGGCAGAGCGUGUCCUUGAUCAGUGUGUUGAACAAGAGGGCGAUCCAAGCAGUAAGGAUUUCAAAGUAACGUAUGAUCUGCGGCUGAUUCAAGGAAAGCAAAGCAUUCUCGCAACUUCGUUUGAACAUUCAUUAGAUGCGCUAAAGACUAUGGCAGAAAGACGGCGAGAGAACUGCUUGACUCAUCCAGUAUGCUAUGUGCUGAUGAACAGCAAAUGGAAGAAAUUUGGUUGGAUCACAUUUAUCGUGAAUCUUUCUUUGUACCUGGCCUUUCUUUUGCCAUUUACUGGACUCGCCGUUUAUCUCAAGGCCAACAGUAUUGCACUGUGUGGUUAUAAGUUUGAAAACUUGACAAAAGAUCGCCAAGGCUACUAUUUACACGUUUGGGACUGGCACGAUGACGACAGCAUAACAUGCAAUGGCUCUCAAAAGACUGUUGUGCUUCUCCAUUACGUUGUGAUCGUGUUCGCCCUGAUUCAUCUCAAGAAGGAAAUUGUGCAAAUCUUCAGACAGCGCCUAAAGUAUUGGACUACCAUCACAAACUACAUCGAGUGGGUGAUUUACGUGUCUGCUCUGGUGUUCGUGUUUCCGAUCUGUGCCUGCAAAGCGCAUUUUAAAUCUGAGGCAGCAGCAUUCUCCUUGUUUUUUGCUUGGCUCAAUCUUGUUCUUUACCUCAGAAGACUGUCGUACUAUGGAAAGUAUGUGAUAAUGUUGAUGACGAUGUUUCAAACACUUUUCCAGGUCCUGCUUCUAUUCUUCCUGUUUGUUGUAGCUUUCGGAACGACAUUUUACUUACUCAUGUAUAACAAGACUAACUUUGAAACAUUGGAAUACGCCCUGAUGAAAACCUUUACGAUGACUCUGGGAGAGUUGAACUACGAAGCAGACUUCAUUCCCGACAUAAAACUGCACUAUCCUCUGGCUUCAAACGUCAUGUUCGUGUUUUUCUCCCUGGCGAUGCCCAUCAUACUCAUGAACAUGCUGAUCGGUUUGGCUGUUGGGGAUAUUGACAAGAUUCAGCAAAAGUCUGUUAUGGCUCGUUAUGUGAUGCAGGUUGAAUUGCUACUUGAGCUCGAGGAGUCUCUCCCACAAUGGAUUUUGAGACGAGUGCAGAUUUAUAAAUAUGAAGAGUUUCCAAACAGAAAAUCCAAGCUACAAACCAGACUUUACGAGAAGAUCAUUGGGUUUGGAAAAGCAGAAAGUAAAGGAGAGGACGAUGGCGUCCCUCCAGCUAUGGCACAAAUUAUUGACAGGAUGAUGGAGCAAGACGCAAAGAUAGAAGAAAUACACGCCAUGAUGAAGGAACAAUCCGAGAUCCUUAAAGUCAUCGGUCGCCGUGAAGGAGUGGCAGAUGCUUCAUCCAACAGAAAGAGUCUUAUCGGAUGGUUCUUGAAGAAACAUUAGAUUUGAUGAAAUGCAUGACAAUCAUCUCCAUGUUCUUUUUUCUAAAAUAUGGCUUAGGUUUACAUCUGAAACGUUAAAAAGGUGACUUAAAAAAAUUGUGGAAAAUUUCUGGACGAAGACAGCAGGAAUAUUAACUAUACGUUCUCUAGUGCUGUUAGGUGAUGCAAUGCAGUCAUUGUCAAUAUAAUCAAUGGAGGUUAAACUGAACAAAGAAAAAAGAACUAGGUAGCGGUUGUACGUUUUUUUCUCCUUUUUUGUCUUUCUUGAUCUUCAUAAGGUAAUAACAAAACAUGCUAACAUAGGUAUAAACGACGGAGUUCACUGAUACAGAUAGUCAGCUUUAUCUAAAAAAAAGAUCCCGCACAGUACCGUGAAGGUAAAACCAUUACCGCACUGUUUAAUUAAAAAUUGUAAUGAUUAAUGAGAAGUUCAAGCUGAUUUGCUUUUUGGUGUAGAGCGUUGUAAAAUUAAAUUGCUACUGGAAUCUCUUAAUAUAUCACUACCAUAAAUACAAGCGUUUGUGACACGUUUCUGUAUCACGUUAUCGAAGACGCUGAUUUUUGAGAAGAGGGGCGCGUAUAUGAGAUGGUGAGUAAUUCAUGGCGCGUAUAAAUGAAAAUUAGCUCCAAGUCAUUCACGAUCGUGAUUCUUCCUGUCCUCAGCCAAUUUUUUGUAUAAUUUUUUGUCAUGAUGCGCUACACCAGCAGAAAUUAAAGUCUUUGCAAGGCUGCA